GGCUAGUACCAGUGGAAAACUGUGUCUCGAGUCAGAAGGAUCUAUCUGCCGCUUCCGUGCAGUGAUACCGUACAACGCAAAACACACGCGCCGUCACGCGGUAUUUUGGGGCCUUCGAGCGCGCAACAGUUCGGCACUAAGUAAGUCAAUCAGUUAGUUGGCCGGAGAGACGGCGAAGGUUCGUUAUCGGGACGUUCUGUUGUCACGUGGGUUUGAUGCACGUUGUUCGGAGACGAACCCGGAACAAGGGAAUAUCCGUUAGCGAGAAAGAAAUCAUUUUCCACAUCGCCAGGUCACGAUUGGAUUCUAAUCGAGUGAAAAAGCGCCAUUGAGGGAGGUUUGAUCGUUUCGACGGGGAGGUCGUGUUAUGUGCACAUGUGUGUGUUGUUUUGGGAAAGGGAGGAAUGAGUGUAAUGCUAUUUUCACACGCUAGUAAUGCAAAAAGCGCAAUCAUAUCAGAGUGGAUCAAUUUUUGAUUUUGAUUUGUAUCGGUGUGCUCGGAAUUGGAACACGGGCAGGUGAAAGAUUCACUGUGAGAUUCAAUUAAAAAAGCACGUGCCCAAUUACCCACAUUCAGGUGACCUGGUUCCAGUGGGUUGAAGGGGGAAUAGCAAUCAAAUUGGAUACCGGCAUCCCGAAGGAGCGUGUUGAGAUUAACAUUCCGGAACGAUAGGCUCUGUGGUGGUAUACUAUACAGUUCGCGCGAACACAAAGCCUGAAUGAAAACGCCGACUCGUGGUGGUUCGCAAAAACUAAUUACUACCAAACAAUUUGACUCUGAAUUAAGAGCAUAACACUCCAAAUUUAAAAUUCUACCAGCAGUUGAGCGAAUGUUACGUUUUUGCGACCCUCGAGCGAGUACACGUUUUAUCAAUCGAGUGCCAUAAAGGUUGUGAAUAAUGAAGGCAGCCCAAGUGUUGUAACCAGUAGGGGAAGAAGAAACCAGUGCAAAGAAAGAAAAGGUGAAUUCAAGUGCUGUGGUGGAAAAAUUUAAUCAAAACGAGCAGAAAAAAAAGUUAAACAGUGCUUUGUGAACCUAUUGCUGCUCCACGCUAUUGGGAAGCGGGAAAAUUCCGGAGCAAAUUCAUAGUGAAAAUUCAGCCCAACCAACGUCUUGGCAGUCGCGAACACAAUGUAUCAGUAUUAUGAAACGGAAUGGAGUAUUUUGCCGCCGGAGCACAAUCGCAGAUACAGUCCAGGCCUCACAAUCAACAAUAUCAAACAAGUGAUAAAUGAAACUAUUGAAACCAAUAUUCUAAAAAAGCCUUCACCGACGCGACUUCGUGAACUGAUCCGCCAGAUCCGUGCCUCCCGGACGGCUGCCGAAGAGCGAGCUGUUGUAAACACAGAAUGUGCCUACAUCCGAAGUACCUUCCGAGAGACAGACUGCAUUUGGAAAUGUCGCAACAUGGCCAAAUUGCUCUACAUCCACAUGCUGGGAUAUCCCGCCCAUUUCGGACAGAUGGAAGCGUUGAAGUUGGCGGCCAGCCCCAAGUAUACCGACAAGCGGAUAGGAUACCUCGGGGCAAUGCUACUUCUCGACGAACGACAUGAUGUGCACGUUCUGCUGACGAAUUGUUUGAAGAAUGACCUCAACAACUCGACACAGUUCAUCGUGGGUGCCGCUUUGUGCACCCUCGCAGCCAUCGCUUCGCCAGAAAUGGCCCGCGAUCUGACGCAGGAUAUCGAGCGGUUGAUCGCAUCAUCCAACACAUUCCUCCGCAAGAAAGCGAUUCUCUGUGCCUUCCGAAUGAUCCGCCGAGUGCCUGAGCUGAUCGAGGAUUACCUUCCCAAGUGCUCGCAGUUUUUGAACGACAAGAAUCACGGCAUUCUCGUCUCGACGAUCACUUUGGUCACCGAGAUGUGCGAGCAAAGCCACGUGGUGCUGAAUUACUUCAAAUCAACGAUACCGACACUGGUGCGAACGCUGAAAACGAUGAUCGUCAGCGGGUACUCUCCGGAGCAUGUCGUCAAUGGUGUCAGUGAUCCUUUUCUGCAAGUUAAAAUUCUGCGAUUGUUGAGAAUACUGGGUCACGGCGAUCCCGACCAGUCGGAGACCAUGAACGAUGUGUUAGCCCAGGUGGCAACCAGCACAGAGACGAACAAAAACGCCGGCAAUGCGAUCCUCUACGAAACCGUGCUAACGAUCAUGAAUGUUGAAUCGGAAAACAGUCUCCGCGUGCUAGCGGUCAACAUCCUCGGCCGAUUCCUGCUGAACAGUGACAAAAACAUCCGCUACGUUGGACUGUUAACGCUGGUCAAAACAGUCCAGCGAGAUAUGACGGCCGUCCAGCGGCAUCGUAUCACGAUCCUCGAGUGCCUUACUGACUCCGACAGCUCCAUCCAGCGGUGUGCCAUGGAAUUGUCCUUCACGCUGAUCAACUCGCAGAACAUUGAGAUGAUUGUGCGAGAGUUACUCAAGUACCUAGAAACGGCCGAUCCAGAGAUGAAGAGUGUGUGCAGCAGCAAGAUUGUGAACGCCGCGGAGCAAUACUCGCCGGCGAUUCGCUGGCAUUUGGAGGUGCUGUUGAAGCUGUUGUCGAUUGCUGGAAACAACAUCAGGGACGAUGUGAUUGCGUCUACAAUACAGUUGAUCUCGAACAGCCCCAAGGAGGAGCAAAGUUUCAUCAGUGGCAAAAUGGUGGAAGCCGUCACAAAUAUGAAUCAACUAGAGAACCGACAACCGUUGGUGCAGGUGGCGGUUUGGACGUUAGGCGAGUACGGAGAAACCGGUCAUUUCGAUGAGAGUGAGCUAAUCGAGCACUACCGACAGUUGCUGUGGGCCCCUCAGCUGUUCAUCACAACCAAGCAAUAUAUUCUGAUGUCCUUAGCGAAAAUAAGCGUCCGCAUGGAACACUGCACGGCUAAUAUUCAGAACGUCAUCAAUGCCUUCCGAGGACACCUUAACGUGGAUCUUCAGCAACGAGCCGUGGAAUUUAGUCAACUGUUCACCACCCACAACAGUCUUAGAGCUGCGCUGCUGGAAAAAAUGCCAACCAUGAAAAUAUCCGACAUGUCCGCGUCUGAGUAUAAUUCGGACUUCAUCGCGGAACACUUGUCAUCUCCGCAGAGUGACACUUCAGUAUCUCAAAAAGAACCCUCGAACCAAGACAUUUUGUUAGACUUACUGGGCAAUUCGUUCGGAAGCAGUCCUUCGACGACCGAUACAAACACCCCGAGCCCAAUGCAACAAUCAUAUCAAUCGGUGGUUCCCACAACGAACGCCGACAUCCUUGAUCUUUUGGGACUCGGUGUUAUCGAAAGCCCUAACAACUCUUCGCUGAUCUCAACCGUUGCUGCGACGCAAUAUUCCGCUACCACUAUCCCGGUGUACAGCAGGGAUAACAUCGACAUCAAAUGUAUCGUGAAAAAGGAAUUCGAUCACGCCGUUGUGACGGUUAAGACAACCAACAAUUCGCUCAAUAUGUUGGAGAAAUACCUAUUCCAGGUGGCCGUUCCGAAAGCCUACACCAUCCGAAUGAUGGAACCAUCAAGCACGAUAAUGCUCCCGGGGGAAACCAUUGUUCAGGACAUACACGUGGUACGCGUAAAUCCCGCGGCGACGAGUUCCCUUCGCAUGAAGACUCGCUUCUCGUAUGAAAUCGGUAACUACUCGGUCAUGGAACAAGUGGACGUGAACGAGUUCCCUUCGGAUUUAUUCGAUUGAGUCGUGCGUCAAUUGAUGCAAUCAAGCAAGAAGCACGCAGAAUUGCUCAACGUGAUGUAAAGCGAACCUGCAGUUUAAUCCUAAACUAUACACAUAAAAUAACACACCAGGGCACAAUGUUUGACGGUCUAAAAUAUCAUCUUUUCUACUUACUGUAAGCAAUCCCAACCCACACAACGGGAAUAAAGUGAUAACAAACGCGUCUAGAACCAAUCAAAUAAAAGCUCAAUUGAUCUUUCAAUUAUUAGGUUUUAUUUCCGUACGAAUUUAAGGUGUUACUGAGAAAAUCAAAAUGUUAUAUUGUGAAUUUUACCUCGUUACACAUGUAAAGUUUGAUUUAAAUAAAUACCAAUUUGAAACCGA